AUGCCCAUGCUGCCAACGCGCAUUCAGAGCAUGAAUCGGUCUCGUAAGGCAUCUUCGGACCCACUGCGCCAUCAGCGGGACAACGUCUACCUCUUCUCCCAGUCUCGUCUCUUCUGCAAACCCCGCGACCACAGCCACCCCGUCACUGUCAAUCACACUGUACCUGCCCCCCGCCAUUAUCCACCGACACCAUCCACUCUGCCCCAACUCCAGCACAGACCGUAG